CAUUUCUCACUUCACAGAGAAUUGCUCAAUAAGCUGUGGCUUCAUCAACUUUCUGCAAGCGAAGGUGGAGGGACCACAAUGAUCGGAAGACUUGUCUCUUUGAUUCUUCUAAGCACAUUGUCUCUGAGUGAAAUUAAUGUGGGACCUCGGCAGAUCUCUUUGACUGCAGUUAAACUUGGAGACAGUGUGACUCUGACAUGCAGUGUCAGUUGGGAUGAUGUUGGGUUGUCUUACUGGUAUAAACUGAAUUUUGGAUAUAUGACCGAAACAAUUGCCUCAGGAAGUUUUGACAAAAUAUCACUUCAGUGGCCAUUUAACAACUCCAGAUUCAGUGCCACAAGAGUAGGUAAUGUGCAUUCUCUUACCAUAAGAAAUGUAAAUAAAGAAGAUGAAGCAACAUACUUCUGUCAAGCAGGAGCGGCAUACGUAAUGGAAUUUAUUAAUGGCACAGUUUUGGCAGUGAAUGAUCCUAAAACUCAGCAGAAAUCUGUCACUGUGAAACAAACUCCAGAUGUUGAGUCGGUCCAUCUGGGCGACACAAUGACUCUGCAGUGUUCACUCCUCUCCAAGAACAAAACUGACACAGUUGAGUGUCCAGGUGAAGACAAAGUGCACUGGUUUAAAGGUGCAUCAGAAUCCCAUCCAGGCAUCAUUUACCAUGGCGGUAUCAGAAAGAGAGAGAAAGGGAGAUGUGACUACACUCUGUCUAAAACUAUAACAAACUCAUCUGAUGCUGGGAUGUACUACUGUGCUGUGGUCACAUGUGGAGAGAUCCUGUUUGGUGAAGGAACUAAAGUGGAGAUGAAGGGAUUUCACCUCUUUACUGUGCUUGGGACACUGCUGACCUGCUCCGUGGUUGUGAAUUUUGCAUUAAUUUUCAUCAGAAAGCAAAAACCAACUUGUGAACAUUGCAAAGGUAGGAUGCUGGGUGCUAGUGGUGAUCAGCUAGAGAUUGACGAGGUGCAACACAAAUGCUAUGGGAAGGGGGAGCCAGGACAACAGAUAGAGGGCAAAUAUCAUCAUCCUCACACUCUGAGAUUGGAUACCAAGCCCCCUUAA